UUUUCCAUCCAAUUCACUCAAAAAUGACCACGCCUGUCUUCCCAAUCGUGCCCUCCACGCAGAAGUAUGACUGGGGGAAGCGUGGUCUCCAGUCAAAGGUUGCACAGUUCGCGCAUGCCGCUCGCGUCCCGGGCUUCGCGCUUGACGAGAACACUCCAUACGCCGAGUUGUGGAUGGGUACACACGCAUCGUCUCCGUCACUCUUGUUAGAUGGAACACCACUUGCGCAGCACCUCGCCGAAAACCCGUCUCUCAUAGGGGACGACAUCGUCACGACCUUCCACGCCGAAGACGGGAAUAUUCCUUUCCUAUUCAAAAUCCUCGCCAUCGAAAAGGCGUUAAGCAUCCAAACUCAUCCAGAUAAACAAACCGCAGAAAAGUUACAUGCUGAACAACCUACCAUUUACAAAGAUCCUAACCACAAACCUGAGAUGGCUAUCGCCCUCACCCCAUUCACCGCACUCUGCGGCUUCCUCCCACUCCCCCAAAUCGCCACAUUCAUCUCAUCAACAUCCGAAUUCAGCUGUCUCAUCCCAUCGACCAUCGCUUCGCACUUCAUCUCCAUCUCCACCUCACGCACACCCUCAGGAUCUAACGAAAAAUCCGCACUCCGCGAACUCUUCUCCGCGCUCAUGACCGCUCCCGAGGAGAAAUUCAAAGAAGAACUGAAGAAACUUGUUACGAGGUAUAAGGAUGGGAGAGAGAAACCGGAGGAAAGAGAUGUGAAAGAGUUGAUACUGAGACUUGAAGAGCAGUUCCCGGGUGAUAUAGGGAUCUUUUGUUCGUUUAUGUUGAAUUACGUGAAGUUGAACCCGGGAGAGGCGAUCUUCCUUGGUGCUGGAGAACCGCACGCAUAUAUUUCCGGAGACAUCGUAGAAACAAUGGCAACCUCCGACAACGUCAUCCGCGCCGGUCUAACCCCCAAACUCCGAGACGUACCCAACCUCAUCUCCUCACUCACCUACACCUCCUCCGACCCUUCCAAACACCUCAUUCAGCCCCGGCCCUUCGGCUCACCAGCAGAUCCAUUCGCAGACUUACACGCCGAAUCGAUAUUGUACGACCCGCCUGUACCGGAGUUCGCUGUGGUGAGAGUGGAGGCGCAGAAGGGGAGUACGGUGAGGCAUGAGGGUGUUAGAGGACCGAGUAUUUUUAUCGUCACGAAGGGGCGGGGGAGGGUUACUUGGGACGGACAGGAGGGUGAACAGGAAGGGGAGCAAGAGCAAGUGGAGAAGGGAGAGUUGAGUGAAGGGAGGGUGUAUUUCAUUGGUGCCAAGACGGGUGUGGUGUUCGAGGCUGAGGAGGAGAGUUUGGAGAUUUAUAGAGCGUUCGUCGAGCCGAAGCCGCCUAGCUUCUAG